UUGACUCCGAAGAAGCCUACCUAAAUAUAAUGCUGUCUCCGGCGAUGGUAACGCACCACCUCUGCCUCCUCCGGCCGACCGUCCUCUCCGCUCCCUUCGGCCUCCGCACACGGGUUCCCCACCCGCGCCCGCCCACCGUCGUCGCCUCCUUUCAUGGGCCAACGCACCUCCGCCUGCGGCCACUGCGCGCCGCCGCCGGAGGAUCCUCGCCGGGUGGAUUUGAUGGGGGCAAACGCCCCGAGGCGGCGACGUCUUCGUCGCUGGGAGCCGCGGUGGUCGGCUUCGCGCGUAGCAACUUCCUCCCGCUAGCUCUAAUAACUGGGGUUGCUCUGGGCCUCGUGGAUCCUACUCUCGGAUGCCUUGCUCACAAAUAUUCGCUGUCAAAGUACAGCACCUUUGGGAUAUUCCUUAUCUCAGGACUGACUCUGCGAACCAAGGAGCUUGGUGCAGCAGUAGAAGCUUGGCCUGCAGGGCUUUUUGGACUUGCCUCAAUUUUGCUCUUUACACCCUUUUUGGCUCAGUUUAUUACGCAAAUCAAGUUCUUCCCUCAUGAAUUUAUCACUGGGUUGGCUAUGUUUUGUUGCAUGCCAACAACAUUAUCAAGUGGAGUAACCUUAACUCAGCUUGUUGGUGGUAACACUGCACUUGCUCUUGCAAUGACGGCUAUAUCUAACUUAUUGGGCAUCAUGAUUGUCCCUCUUUCUCUUGCAAAGUACAUUGGUGCUGGAGCUGGAGUGUCUUUGCCCACAGAGCAGCUAUUCAAAAGUCUGGUUACAACGCUUCUUAUACCCAUUAUUUUAGGGAAGGUUGCUCGAGAAACAUCAAAAGGUAUUGCUGGAUUUGUUGAUAGGAAUAAGAAGGGCUUUUCAGUUACAAGUGCUAUUCUUCUCAGCCUAGUUCCAUGGAUACAAGUAAGCAGAUCAAGAUCACUGCUCUUAUCUGUUCAACCAAAAGCCUUUGCUGUUGUCAUCACUGUUGGAGUGCUUUUGCACAUUGCUCUGUUUGCUUUUAAUGCUGCAGCAUUGCAAAUCUUGUCAUCUCUUGAACAAAGAGGAGAGUCAGUCUUUGCAAGGAAUGAGUAUGCUCGAGCUGUCAUUUUAGUGGCCAGUCAGAAAACAUUGCCAGUGUUGGUUGCCGUUGUUGACCAGCUUGGAGGUGCUCUCGGAGAAUCUGCGCUACUGGUCAUCCCAUGUGUUGCUGCGCACAUUAACCAGAUUAUUAUCGACUCUAUCAUAGUAAAUUGGUGGCGCCAAAGAGAUCAACAAUUUUCUAAUGCAAAAUAAAUUCAACAUUGAUGGGUAAACCAAAAGGAGUAACCUUCAUAGCACAAAAGAUGGCAACCACGCCCCUGAGUUUACAACAUAUUUGAUGGUUUGUUAGGAAACAGUAUUAUUUUGUGCAGGAAAGUUUUCUGAAUUGCUUCAAUGAAGCACUUUUUGUUAUGGAUCAAACAUAUUCCAUUUUUUAUUCUUCAGUGUUUUUAUUAUGUAAAUUCUACUCUUCUUUAAUCAAUGCUUUUUAGAGCGUUAAAAUGUAAUUGGCUGAACGGCUCUCAUCAAUCGAUAUUUUUU